AUGGACGAUGACUCCCAGAGUAGUUCUGUCUUCCCCUUGGCCCUGGUGGUCCUCAACCUUGCCCCCAAGGUCCAGCAGGAGACGGUGGACUGGCUGAUGGGCCGGAUCGAAGCCGUGAGGUCCUCGGACGGGGCGGAGCUGAAGGUGAAGGUGGUGGAGCGCUCGGAGGUCAAGGGGACCGUGCUGCUGGUGGGGGCCACGCUGGAGAGGCUGCUGCGGGGGGCAGAGGAGGCGGCCCUGGUCAAGGUCUACCAGGACGGCAACUUCCGGCCCUUCAGCUUCGCCGACCGCGCCAGCUUCCGCGAGACGGAGACCGAGCUCCUGACCACGGCCGAGAUGCUGUACAUCAUCAAGUUCCAGCUGGACAACCUCAAGGCUAAAGACGAGGAGCACAUCCCCGGAGAGCCCACGUCCAAGCUUCAGCCUGGCAAACCCAUCUUUGAGGUUCUGUGGAAGAGCAAACUGCUGACCAAACUCUACCCAAUGCACAACCGGGAGGAACUGGAGAAGCUUAAAGCCUUGUGGAGGAAUCGUAGCUACCUCAUUGACCAGCCUGUGCAGGCCUUGAGAAGCUACUUUGGUGAGUCGGUGGCUCUGUACUUUAACUUCCUGGGUUACUUCACCUGGGGCCUGGCCUUUCGCACCCUCCUAGAGCUCUUCUUCUACAUCACCAAGCUGAAGGACCACGGCGGGUGCAUCGUGUGCGCCCUCUACAACAUGCUGUGGUCCACGGUCUUCCUCGAGGGCUGGAAGCGCCGCAGCUCGGAGCUGGCCUUCAAAUGGGGGACCCUGCGUCAGAUGGAGAGCUUCGACACGGUGCGGGCCGGCUACAUGGACAAGCUGGGCGCCGACCUGAUCCGGGAGCCGGUCAUGCUGGACCGCCAACGGAGCAUCAAGAUGGCGUUCCGAUCGGUCCCGUUCCUGGUGGGAAGCCUCCUCAUCAGCGUGGGCCUCAUCGUGAUGUUCAUCAAGGCGAACAAGAUGGCCCGGGAAACGGAUACCAAGGAAGAGUCGGUGCGGAGUUUGUUGAUGACCUACAUGCCCAUCUUGGUCUACAGUGUCACAGUGGAGGUCCUCAACAGGGUGUAUCUCGCCAUGGCCAAGGUGGUGACGGAGAUGGAGAACCAUCGCCUGGUGUCCACCCACGAGAACCACCUGAUCGCCAAAGUCCUCAUCUUCUACCUCAUCAACAACUUUGGCAUGCAUUACUACGUGGCCUUUUAUCUGAAGGACCUCAAGCUGCUGGCCGAUAUCCUCUCAGCCCAGCUGCUCGUCCACCAGGUGGUGGGACAGUUCUUUGACACCGUGCUCCCGUUCUCCAUGACCAGCAUCAGGCUCCGGCGCUUAAAAAAGGCCCAGCCUGACGCCAAUGCUGGCCUGAACCUGAUCGAGGCCGAGGGCAACCUGAGGGACACCAAGGGCAGCCUGCUGGAGGACUACCUGGAGCUCUUCAUCAAGUUUGGUUUCGUCUCCCUCUUCUCCAGCGUCUACCCGCUGGCCGGCUCCUUCAGCUUCCUCAACAACCUCCUGGGCAUCAAGUUGGAAAGCAUGAAGUUCAGCCAGGUGUUGCAGCGGCAGUUCCCGGUCCCCUCGUCGAACAUCAGCGCCUGGCGCUUGGCCUUCGAGUACCUCACCACCCUGGCCAUCAUCACCAACUGCGGCCUGAUCAGCAUGUCGCCCGAGUUCAGGAACCUCUUCUCAGAACUCCCCGACCUCCACUAUUUCCUCCUGGCUGUGGCCUUAGAGCACGGGUUCUUCGGCAUGCAGCGGGUGUUGCGCUUGGCCGUCCCGGAGAUACCUGCCGACAUGGAGGUCAAGCUGAACAAGAUAGAGCUAGAGUGCAGAAGAGCUAUGUUCUAUAAUGAAUCGUGUCGGUGA